AUGUGCGUCUUGACAACCGUGCCCUCCUUUGCACGGGACACAGCCGCCUCGAAGGGCGACGUGCUCGUAAUGCUAGCUGCCUCCAAAAGCUGCACAUCUGUUACGGGGAUGUUUAGCGCUCGCUUGACAACGUUGAGCCGCAUCAGCGCAGUCUGCGUCAGCGUGAACAUGUUCGAAGUCACCCAGUACACAAAAAUGCCCGAUUGGAACUUCAUGGUGAGCGGGACCAUCAGAAGCGCAAAGCAGCGCAUACCGAACUUCAUCUUGUCCUUCAUGUCAUCAGCCAUCGCAUCUCCACCGAGCUCGACGGACGCCACCAUAAGAGCCGACGAAAUAACGGGUAGUGCCAUCGUGGGGUCGGCAGCGGAGAGGUCGGGGACCCAGCCAAUACCCUCAUGGGCAUACUCGGGGAAGUACUUUGAAAUGUCCUGCAGACCCCAGAAGAAUCCAAGGAAGACAGGGAUCUAA